CUUAAAUUUGAUAUGUCGUGCCACUUAGAUCUUGAGCUCAGAUUACUCUUAAAACGGGUCUUCUAACUUAGUCGGGUCAUACAAAACCGUCUAAAUCUGGGUUUGCUUCGUGGUAUUUAAAUUUUGACCUAAAACACUUUAUCUUUUCAAUUUCCAAAACAUCCUUUUUAAUACCAUUUUCUUUCUCUUUUUUUCACUGCAUCUCUAUCUCUGUCCUUAUCUUCGGAGCUAGGGAGUACUGUUGUCACCACGCUUCCAGUCCUUCACCCCGUUACAGUAUUUUAUCCAGUAAAGAAGCAAAGGUGGAGAAAGAGCCAUGAAAACGAGCGCUGCUAGCUCACGUUCCUCUGUGCGCUGGCCGGUGCGCUCCAUUUGGAAUCCGAGCUCCCCCACAUUGACCGCCUCCGUACCAGCGACAGCCUUUCCUUCAAUCAUCCACUGCCAACUCAAUUUUCUUGUGGAGGCCGGGCCCCCAUCACCCGAUUCAUCCCUGCCACUUUGCAUUUCAGGUUUCAGCUCACCUCUCGCGUUCCUUCUUUCUCCCUCCCGCUCACCGCCAGCGCCACCAUGCCCACCGAGCCACCCAUUGCUCUCGCCGCACUAAACUCUCCGCCGUAGCCAUCGCCCUUUUGGCAGAACCAUGUGUAAUUACAACUGAAGACGCUAGUAUGAGCCAAGAACUACAGGGGAGGUCGGCGGACCCGAUGGCGGCCGAUCACGCGCUGCCAUUGGCGUCAUCAGCGCCGUCCUGGCCGGUCUCGACGCACCCCUCCGCCGCUUCCGCCGCCGCCGCCGCGGUCUACUACUUCGGCCUUUCUUUCGCUCUAGCGCAGGGGAGAGCUUCCGGCGGGUUCGAUCUUGGUGGCGCGAGGCGGCGGGGGUGCCGGUGGUCGCGGGCCAUGGAGCUGGCGCUGCAGGAGAAGGUAGCCGCGCUUGAGCGCCAGGUCGCGGAGCUCCGCUGUCGGCGGGCCGAGGACGCCAGGGCCAACGAGAAGGUGGCGGGAAUUUUCGCGUCCCACGAACAGCGGUGGUUCGCCGAGCGCAAGUCCCUGCGCCGGCAGGUGCACGCCGUCGUCGCCGCUGCGCGCGCGCGCGAGGCCAAGCGCGAGGAGGAGACCGCGGAGCUCAGGCGCCAGCUGGAGGAGCAGCGGGACACAGUGGCGCUCAAGGACAGGGCCCUGGAGCAGGAGGUGCAGAGGCGGCAAGGCGCGGAGGAGCGACUACGAGCCGCGGAGAAGGCGGAGGAGGAGCUGCGGGAGCGCGCCGGCAAGGAGGCGAUGGAGCACGCCGCGGAGGUGCGGAAGCACAAGGCGGCGUUCGUGGAGCUCGUGUCCGCGCAGCGGCAGCUGGAGGCGGACCUGGCCCGCGCCGCGCGCCUCGCGGACACGGCGGAGGCCGAGCUCCGGGCCGCGCUGGAGCGCCGCGACGAGGCGGCCUCCACGGCCGCCGACCUCUCCGCCGAGGCCGCACGCCUGCGGCGGGACGCCGACCACAAGGACAAGAUCCUCUCGGCGAUGCUGCGCAAGUCCAAGAUCGACAUGGAGGACAGGGAGAUGCUGGUGCGGGAGGUCAAGAUGUGCAAGGCCAGACGGAAGCAGGCGGAGCUGGAGGCCGACCGGUGGCGCAAGAUGUGGGAGUCCCGUGGCCACCGCCGGGGCUCCUCCAGAUCGUCGGCGCGGGGCGUGGCCGACCUGCCGGCCGGGAGCUCAGACAAGCUGCUGGCCACCGACGCCGCCGUGGCGUGCGCCACCAAUGAAACUAAGAUAUUGUUCGUGGACCACGCGGAGGGCGACGCCAAGAAGGACCACCGGAAGACGCCGGCGAAGGAACUGAACGCCAUUGAAUGCGUCGACCGCUAUGCUAGCCAUGUCGUCGACGACAAGCCCGCUGUGGAGGAAUACCAAGGCCUGCAGGAGUGGUUCCAGAUGGAGACGGAGAAGUACACGGCUCUGAUACAACACCGGCACACGGCGGAGAUCGAGGCGUUCACGGAGCAGCUCCGGCUCAAGGACGAGAAGUUGGAGGCGUUCCGGUGGCGCGCGGUGAGCAUGGACGUCGAGGCGGCGCGUCUCCGGAGCCGGAUCCACGAGCUGGAGGGCCGUCUAGCGCGGCACGAGAAGCACAGCGCCGCGCUGGAGGCCCUGCUCCAGGACAGGGAAAGCGAGAACAGAGCACUCGAGGAGCAGCUGGAGACGCUCCAAGCGCAGGCGCUUGGUGUGGAGAUCUGCACGCCGGCCCGUGGCAGUGGCCAAGACGACGGGCUCGACGACCAGUGCAUCGCGUGUUCGCCCGUGGAUGCCGUCCAGAGAACAAUGUCAUCCGGAAGCUCGCGGCACCAAGAGGGCGCCGAGGUCAGCAAGUAUGAGACGAAGCUGGACGAGCUAGUCACCCUCUCCCCAGAAGAUCACAAGGAGGAUGCAACAGAGGCGCUUGUAGUCUCGGUCGGGGAUCUCGCGUGCGCCGUCGCCGCGGCAGCAACGUCCGUGGAACACGAGCGAAGACAUGAUGCCCCGGCGAGCCGGCAGUCUUUCAGGUCUGAGAUCGAGGAGGAGGAGGAGGUGUACACCGAGCCGGGCAAUGCACACACGACAGGUAGCUCCCAAGAGGCGACGUCUGAGCUCGCGCUCGUGGUCGUGCCGCCUGGGCACAAGAGCUCUGCUUGGAAGACGGACAUCCACGCCCUAGCCGUGUCGUACAAGAUCAAGAGGCUGAAGCAGCAGCUGCUUGUGCUGGAGAGGCUGGCCAACGAAUGCAAGGAUGAGGAAGCCGCGGCGACGAAGCCGUCAGGGAGUGAAGCCAGCUGCAGCGGCGGCGGCGGCAGCAGGCAGCAGCCGAGGUCGAGGUACCACACGAUGAUGUCGUUCCUCAGCAAGCACGUCAGGCGGUACCAGUCCCUCGACGACAAGAUCGACGACCUCUGCGCUAGAAUGGAGGAGAGCAAGAGGAGCGCGGGGCGGGGCGCGGGAGAGGAGAGCCAGAGCCAGAGCGCGGCGCUGGGCCAGUUCCUGGAGGAGACGUUCCAGCUGCAGCGAUUCAUGGUGGCCACGGGGCAGAAGCUGCUGGAGACGCAGUCCAGGAUCGCGGCUGGCCUCGCGCGCGAUCGCUGCUGCUGUGGCGACGGAGAAGACGGCGUGGAUAUGAAGAGGCUCAUGGAGGUGGCUGGGGCGCUGCUGAGGGACGUGCAGCGAGGGCUGGAGGUGCGGAUCGCGCGGAUCAUCGGCGACCUCGAGGGCACGCUCACCUUCCACGGCAUCCUCCGAAGCACGCGCUGAUAUAUAUACACACACGCACAGGCACACACACCCGACGCUGUCCUCCAGACACAGUAAGGCCCCCUUUGGGAGGGCUCCUGGACGGCUCCGGCUCUAGCUCUUUGCUGGAGCCCUCCCAAACGCAGCGUCCAAAAACAGCUCCGGAGGAGGAGCUGGAGCCAGGAAACGGGCAGGAGCCGGAGCCGGAAAUUUUGGCUCUGCACGGCUCCGUUCGACACUUCGCGUAGUCUGUUCAUCUACCAAGUUUCUUUAGUGUAGUUAGCAAGUAGUUUGAAUGCAGUUUGAACUCCGUAUCAAAUAUUUCCAUAAAAUAUUUUUUAUUCCAUAAAAUAUUUUUUCAGCAUAA